GCGCACUGAGCGCAGAGCGGCGCCCCACCACCGCCUUUGCGUCAAGCACCCUCACACAGUCAGUGACACAACACAACAUCAGCCCUCGCAGCAUCCGCAUCUCACGGCCAGGAGGACCAGGAGCACAUCCUCAUCUGAGCAUCCAUUCCACAACUGCCUACCAUCGUCUGCGCACCGCCACCAGACGAGUUAAUCCACCGCUUGCUUUUUGCCUCGGCUCGGAUUACUUUCUUUGUUGCAUUUAUAUUCUCCGAAAUGGUUUUUUGUUAUAUUCGCGUCUUGUGAGGAAAAACAAGGCUCGAGAAGCGGAGCAGCAUCGUUGCAGCGCAAUUAUAUUCUCAUUGAGCAGGAGAUCUGCAGUGGCCAUCCAGAGACGCAGACUGAGAGCUGAAACACAACAGAGACUGUGUCAGCGUGGUAAUCGUUAUCCCCUCAGAGAGCUGUUCGCAGGACUAUUUCCUAGGCUUUAGAUGCCCAGCGGCAGCCUGUAGCCCGGGACUCCCAGCUCCCAGAAGCAUUGAGGCUUUGAGACCCUCAGGAUCUCCCCUGGCAGACGCUCUUCUGACCCAGUGCGGCUAAAGCCCCUGGACGCCUCCCCACAGUCACCAUGGGAACCGUGCUGUCUUUGUCACCUAGCUACCGAAAGGCGGCUCUCUUUGAGGAUGGACCGGCCACUGUGGGCCACUACACAGCUGUCCAGAACAGCAAGAAUGCCAAAGACAAGAACCUGAAGCGCCACUCACUCAUCAAUGUGCUCCCGUGGAAGCGGAUUGUAGCAGUGUCAGCUAAAAAGAAAGGCUCCAAGAAGGUACAGCCCAACGGCAACUACCAGAACAAUGUCACCCACCUGAACAAUGAAAACCUGAAGAAGUCGCAGUCAUGUGCCAACCUGUCCACCUUCGCCCAGGAUCAGAGCACUCCAGCUCUCACCAAGAGCUCCAACAACACAGUAUCGUCCGUCAAGAAGGCCCCUCUGACUAACUCCAAUGUGGCCCCCGGGACCCCUAAAAGAGUGAUUGUCCAAGCCUCCACCAGUGAGCUGCUGCGCUGCCUUGGAGAGUUUCUGUGCCGGCGUUGUUACCGGCUGAAACACCUGUCACCCACUGACCCAGUGCUGUGGCUGCGCAGCGUGGACCGCUCCCUGUUGCUCCAAGGCUGGCAGGACCAGGGAUUCAUCACCCCUGCAAACGUGGUCUUUGUCUACAUGCUGUGCCGUGACGUGGUCUCCUCCGAGGUGGCCACAGAGCACGAGCUGCAGGCCGUGCUGCUUACCUGCCUCUACCUGUCUUACUCCUACAUGGGAAAUGAGAUCUCCUACCCUCUCAAGCCCUUCUUAGUGGAGAGCUCCAAGGAGACCUUCUGGGACCGCUGCCUGUCCAUCAUCAACCUGAUGAGCGCAAAGAUGCUCCAGAUCAACUCCGACCCGCAUUACUUCACUCAGGUGUUCGCCGACCUGAAGAACGAGAGCCAGAAGGAGGAGGAGAGGAGCCGCCUGCUCAUCGGCCUGGACCGGUGAUGGGAGCAGAGGGGUCAGGGGAGGAGGGGCAUACUCCAGUCUGGCAUUUUGAAAAGUUUGAAAGAUCUUUUGUGAUGUUACUUAUUUAUUAUUGUCCAAACUGCAGUGGGACUAAGAAUGUUAGGAAAUAUUUGACAUUUAUAACAACUUUGUAUCUAGUAAGACUGAUAACAGAAUCUUCGACUCUGGAGGGGGGCUCAGUGAUUUUCACAGAUUUCAAAUGUUUGCAUUGUGUUUGAGGGAUAACAGUUGCGAUAGUCACCUAAAAAUGGGUUUAAAAAGCAAGAGCUUUCUUUUUGCCUCUUGACGACAUGUAAUUAUCAGGCCAAAUUCUAUUUUCAAACGAGCAAAGGAAGGAUUUUCUGUAAGCCUGAGAAUGAAAGCUUUUUUGACAAUGAUAUAUAAACAAAAAAAUGCCAGACUUGGGUAAAUCCUUUGCUAACAUACAGAUAUAUAUCUAUAUGAAAUACUGAAAAUCUUAAAAAAAAAACAAUUCAGACAAAAAGACAAAAAAACAUUAGAAAAGGAAGCAUACAUCUACAGCAAUGAAUGUGGAGAGGACUGAGGCUGCUGCAGCCUACCAGUGACCUUCUGACUGUUUAACAAUGUGAUGUGCACUGCCUACUGCAGGAGGGCCAUCGCCUGACUGGCUUUCUUCAUGCAUCACGGAUGAACAGUCAUCUCUGGCUGCAAACCCUGGCUCUUUGGGAUGCCAACACCACGUCCCCUCCAUUAAUACGGAUACGACUGGACAUUUUUCGCUGCAAUGCAAAGCUGAAAGAACAGCAGGGUCCAUCAAUGCUGGAUCCAUAUUUUUGUGUGUUUCUGUUUGUGGCUCUACAACAGGACUUUUACUGUACAGGGGAAGACUGGAUGGACAAUAAGCAAACAUUGCAUUGUGGGACUUUUGAUAAGAAGACAACAGCCAGAGGACAUAUGGCCAAUGAUGAGUGGUCAUGAGUGGUACAGUGUGUGUUUAGAAACACCUACUUUAUUUUCAUCUAGAAAAAAAUAAAAGAACAAAUUAAUGGAUGUUUUACUCCCCAUAGACUUACACCUAUGGAGGCUUAUUUAUUGCUUUUCUUUGAUUUCUUUCUUUUUUUACUUAGACAUGUAAUGUUUUGCACGCGUGCCAUGCAAUUUUACAGAGUUUCCUGAAGGGCAGGAGCAAUUAUUAAUUUUCUUCUUUUUACUUGAUUUGUAAACCAACUGCAUCUGCAUUAGAGAAUGCUGUGAACAAAGUGACUCUAGUAUUUUUUAGCUAUGCUUGCUAAAAUAGGCUAUUUGUUUACCAGGGAAAUUCUUUUUGUACUUUUGUCGAUAGGUUGUGUUGCAACCACUUUGGAAUGAUGUUUGAUUUUGUGGUUAUGAUUCAGCAUAGAAAAUGUUAAAACAGUGCCAUAUCUUUGAUGAAAAUCUCACAGGUCUGAAAUACUGUAUGGUUUGUCCAGCUGUUGAAUGACAGGGUGGGUUUUCAUCUACUAAUAACUACGUAUGGACACCUAAUUUAUUGCCAUUUACGUAUUUAUUUAGGCACGUUUAAUGUAAAUGAAAGAUCAUGAUGAGAGACGUUGAAAAGGGAAGGACAUGAGGGGAUGUCUUGCUGGUAUAGCAGGUGUGCUUAUCUUUGGUGGGAAUGAAGAUUGAUCUGGUUUAUGCAAAUGAAUGUUUCAGGAAUUUAUCGAUGAGAAUCUAAUUAAAAAGCCCUUAGAUAAAAACCAAUGUCAAAUCUGACCAUCGCCAAAGUGACAUCAUCAAGGACACCUUGACAGAACAACACAUCAUUGACCUUCCACUUAAGAAAAUGCCCUGAAAACAUCUUUUUGUCCUGCAACACUGGCCUGCAUGAGGAGCUAACUCAAUCUGCUGUCCCACAUAUCAGGAAGAGAAAGCACACACAUUUUUCCAGGGGAAUAAAUUAUUUCAAUGACACUUGUUCAGCAUCACUGCAGAAAAGCACAGCUUACCUUGAGGAUAAUCCAUCAGCAUCACCUCUGUGUAAAUCAAAUGUGAGGCGACAUAACAUUCAUCUAGGGGCUGUAGGAGAUGAGGCGACCUCCACAGGAAUAAUCACAUUUUCAAUCAUAGAAAACACUUGAUUAAAAUGACAUGCUGCAGUGUGCGAUGGCAACGACAUGACAACCAAAACAGAAAGCAUGCGGAACAAUUGAGAUACGGAUUUCUUUUGUUUCACAGAAGAAUAGUUGAAGCUACUCCACUGCAGCUAUUCGUUAUCUCCGUAAUGACUGCAAUCACUGGAGAAGCUAAAGUAUUUCCAUGCAGAAAUGUUUGAGAAAUGUUUUUACUGGUUUUCACAUCUCAUCACAAUAUAGACAAAUGCACACUCUCUUUCUUUAGCAGUGUUCUGAAAAUCUGUCUGAAAAGCAUAAUGGACUGCUCGUGCCAACAAAAGGCUUCUGUCAUGUUUUAAAGUUGUUCCCAGAGAAUGGAAGGCUUCUCCGCGUUAGUGUGAAUCAGAGAAAAUGAGCAGCUCUGAUGGUCACAACCUGUGGCCUCCUCUGCUGCAGGACUGUGGCUGCCAUGUGGAGUUAGAUCAGUGAGAGAAAGUUCAUUUGGAGUGUUUGUACUGGCACAAUAGGGGGACACGCACUUCUGCUCUGGCAGAAGCAGGGCAUUGUGGUAAAGGGCCUCUAAAAGAGACCCAGAAUCUUUGUCUCUCUGUCCACUUGCCCCGACUCACUUGAAAUGUGCCAUUUUUUUCCCACUUUGCAUCACUGAGUAGUUGUUUGAGAAAAUACUUUCAAAAGCUUAGAAAAUAUGAAAAAAAGACUCAAGUGAUAGUUAAGAUUUCUGUCAAAUUCUUUUCUGUAUCUUGUUGCAUACUUUGUAGAUAAAAAAAACGAAACAGUGGUUAGGAAUUUCAAAAAAGAGAGGCAUUCGAUGGCUGCAUGUGUGUGCGAAUGUGUGUGUGCGCGUGUGUGCGUGAAUGACAGCGUUUUAUUUGUACAGAAGAAUGUGUGACAUGUUUUCUUAUGGACAAGGAGCAUACACCAACCACACUGGUAACAGCACUUGGUUUUCCCUUGGUGGGGUGAGGUUGAUGACGAUGAUGUUCAAUAAAAGUGUUCUUUUUUGAAAAAGACAAAAAAGCUGUUGCUGUAAUUGAAACUUUUUUUUUCAGUUAGUUUCUGCUUAUUUUAAUUUAUUUUUGUACUGUGAUGGAAAAAUAAAAUGCACUGAUCGUUCA